AUGGGGGAGCACGCGUACGACCACAGCAGCGGCGGCGGCGGCGGCAUGAGCCCGUCGACGCCUCCGGUGCAGCAGCAGCAGCAGCGCAGGGGAUCCUCGCGCCACGCGGUGGUUCCCAGGGCCGCCACGACGCGGCCGGCGAUAAGGAUCAUCCACAUCAUCGCGCCGGAGAUCAUCAAGACCGACGUGGACAACUUCCGGGACCUCGUGCAGCGUCUCACCGGGAGGCACCGCCACCAGCCGGCCGACGCCACGGCGGACGACAGCGCGGCAGUGACGGUGGGCGUGGCGACGACGCCGCUAUCGCCUGUAGAGGAGAAGCCGCAGCCGCAGAAGAAGAGGCUGGCGCCUGCGCCGGCGCUGGCGGACGAUUUCGUGGCGCAGCAGGAGAACAGGAGGAGGAAGAAGAUCAAGUGCGAGGUGGUGAAGGUGGAGGAAGGAGGGUUCGGCCACGGCGGCGGCGACCUCGACUUCAGCGAGCUGUGGAUGGAUCUCAACCCCGGGGGCUUCCUGAGCUUCUUGGAGGAGGACGUGUUCCAGGGGAUGAUGGCUCCCGACUUGCUGCAGCAGCCGCUGGGGGCGCCGAGGAUGGAUUUAGUUGGUGAAAUGUGCGCCUCCUUUCUGGCUUAA